UUUUCUACUUUUGAGCCACCGUACUAUGAAAACAACGUACAUUCGAGAGAAAAAAAGAAGCAAAUAUUUCACGGACUUCGUGUUGGAAAAUGCUUAUAUAUUAAGGCUGGAAGUGACUACAAACCAUAAAAAGAUUUAAUCCAGGUUGUGUCAAUCCAUAAUUGUAAUUGAUGAUGGCUUGGAGUAGCAGCGCUCUCCACGUGGACGAUGGUCUUGCUGAAGAUUUUGCAUCGAAUCUGUCGGGUUUGGGAACUGAACUCGGCACUGGAGCAUACAACAUGAGUGAAGUGUUGGCCCUGCCUAUGUUCAAGCAAGAAGAAAUUGAAGGACGAGGUACAGAUCUACCUACCACUCUUGAGAAGGCAUUUGGUGCUUUCUCUUCCAUCCAUGCUGCAGCAGCUGCUGAAGAAGAGGAACAGUCAAGUUUCCAGGUGAUUUUGAAUGCAGCCACAUCACCUUUCACUAAAGUGAACGAAGACACCUUAACUUACCUCAACCAAGGCCAGUCCUAUGAACUUAAAAUCAGAAGGCUAGGAGCUAAGGAUUUUGAAGGCAAAUUAUUUAAGAGUGUAGUUCGAGUACUAUUUCAUGAUAAGCGGUUGCAGUACACUGAACAUGCCCAGAUUGAUGGGUGGAAGACAAACCGACCUGGAGAGAGAAUAUUAAGAAUAGACCUUCCGCUUUCAUACAACAUUGUCAAAUACAACACUGCCUCACAGAACAUCAAUGAAGUAGAGUUUUUCUGGGAUCCCUCGUCAACAGUUGGGGUUUUCCUUCAGAUUCACUGCAUAAGUUCUGAGUUCACAGCGAAGAAGCAUGGGGGAGAGAAAGGAGUUAUAUUUAGGAUACAGGUUGAUUCAUAUUAUGUUGAUGAUGAUGGUACAGAGAAGCCUUUACAUGCUGCCAGCUGCCAAGUCAAGGUCUUCAAGCCAAAAGGUGCAGACCGGAAACAUAAAACGGACAGAGAGAAGAUGGAAAAGAAAACAGACAAGCACAAAUACCAGCCGUCCUACGAUUGCACAGUUUUAACAGAGUCGCCGGUGUCUAUACCGCAGCCUUCCAAUAUAAGCGGAAUCCAGAACCCAAACCCUGGUCUAUCAUAUCAGAAUGAGAGUGGGAGGAGGAGUUUCUCAUCAUUAGAACAAUGCUACUCACCGUUGGACAGCACCUACUCAUCCAUCGAACAGAGCUUUGUAAAUAGUACUCCAAACAGAUCUCCUGCUCCAUCAAACAACCAUGUUCUUUCACCUGAAGUAUCAAAUGCAGAAUCACCAUCACCGUUAUAUCCACACUACACAGCAGCUCAGACACAAGAAUGGCUGAAGCAGCAUAGAUUUGAUAAUUAUUGUAAACCCUUCCAGAAUUUCUCAGGUGCUGAUUUACUGAGACUAGCAAAGGAAGAUUUAAUUCGUAUCUUGGGUCCAGCUGAUGGUAUUCGACUCAACAAUGCCUUACAAGAAAGACAUAUCAGACCAAGAUUAACAAUGUACGUCUGUCAAGAAAGAGAACAAGUAUACCAUGCCAUGUACCUUGAGAGACCGUUGGUAUCAGAAUUGAAAGCCAAAUUAGCAGCACUAUACCAUGUUGACAGUGAACACAUCUCAAGAAUUCUCAAGCAAGGAGUUGGAGGAAUCAGAGUUUUAGUCAGUGAUGAGAUGGUGCAAAACAUUACAGAUGAGAGCAACUUUUCACUAGAGGCAGUGAAAGAUCCCGAUGGAAACACAUAUACAAUAGUGAUGAAGUGAAAACAUAUCUCUGAAGAAUAACAAAUGAACUUAUCUAGCAGAAGCGAAAGUCUUCAUUAUAUGGAGUCUGAAAUCCUUGGCAGUAAUCUUCUUGGACUCUAUCCAGCACUUCUACAAUGCACAAGAGAGGAACGAGUUUGCAUCGAUUCUUGUCAUUUACAUCUCCUCUGUGUAUUGGUUGAUGUACGCUAUGUACUCGUUGAACAGCAUUUGAGUAGGAGGACAAUUAAAGGGGAAAUUCACCCUGACAUAAGUUGGUUGCAAUAAAAGCAGAAACAUUUGAGAAAAGUAUUGGUGAAUGUUUUGGUUGAAGAAUAAUGGAGAUAUGAAUUUCUAAAAUGUUGAUUUUGUGAUGUCAAAGAUAAGAAGCUCCUCCAUUCGGGUAAUGUAAAUUCCAUAGGAUGCAAUUUUCUGUAAAAAUGGAAAGAGAUUUUAUGUAAUUGUUGGGUGGAUAUCAUCAGGCACGUCAUUUUAUAUCCCCUACGAUAAGAAAAAUAUUUUCAUCUUCCAUUAAAAACAUUGCAGUCAGUCGGCAAGCCCUCAAAAAGUUGCUUCUUUCAUCCAAAUGAUAUUCUCAACUAGAGGGUUUUUGCAUUGGUAAUGAGCUUGGUUCGGACAAAAAACACCUCUUUUUAUUCGGCCAUUGCUGCUCUAAAUAUUGACCAAUCUUUGUUUUUGGUAUUUUUAUAGAGAAGAUAUAUUAUUCUUUCAGGUCAUGUGUCUGGAUUUUUAAAAAGAU